AUGGCGGCGGUUGUGGUGUGUACCUUCUUAAUUGCUAAAAAUGGAAUUCACGCCCAUUCAAUGUGGCAGUUGAGCGUGUUUGGUGGGGAAGAUUAUGAUUUUUUUUCAAAGCUUGAUGUUUUGGAGAGGCCUCCAAGCGGGGAGGAGAAGGGGAGCGGUCAGGCCCAAAAUUCAAUUUUUUUGGGUGGGAGAACUGGUUCAGUAGCAGGACAGUAUGCAACAGGAGAUUCAGGGAGCCCUUUAGAAGGGGAGAGUUCAGAUGGUAGGGAACCAGAUGUUCCUUUGGACUCGGGGGACCCAGGAGGGGGUCCCAGACCACGAGAAGGGCAGAUAGCAGCAGGCAAGGGGAAUGGUCAGAAAGUAGGGCACUGGGCUAAAAAAUGCCCAAGUAAUGCGAUCAAAUCUCAAUCCCAAACUAAAGUAUGGAAAAAGGUGGACAACUCUUUGAAAGCAUCGCCUUUUGAUGGUCUGGAUCAAGAGAAACAGUCCCAGGUUGGAAGGACGGAGGAAGUGUCAGUCAGAGAGUUGGGAAAUGAUAUGAAGAAAGGAGAUAAUGAAAAGACUGCUCAUCAGGAAAAGGAGCAGAGUGGCAAGGAUUCAGAUGAUGGAGAAAAAGAGUCACAAGUCAGUAGCCAAAGUAAGGAAAAGGAAAAGGAUAAGAUAGAACAAAACUCAGAUAAGAUUGAGAAUAGAAAUAACAGUCAGAAGAAUAAGGGAGAUAAUCAAUCCAAAGACAAUAAAGAGGAAGGAGACAAUUUUAAUUCAGUAUCAAAUUCAUUUGAGUCAGAAAAUGGAGCAGGUUGGAUCCAAGAUGCACAACCUGAUAACAUCCUUGAUCAAGGGUUGUCAGAGAUUUCAUUAGCCUCUCCAGCUCAGAUUUACGAGAGCUUAUGGGAACCAUUUUGUGUUUCUCAACCAUUUCCACCAUGGGGAAAAGGUGAGUCAGAGGAGCUAAGUAAAAAGGGGAGGAAUAAGGGAAAGAGGAAGAGGAUAGUGAUGGAUUUAGAUAUUUUAGAGUUUGAGGCCGAGUCCUUCGAAGGUAAAUUCAUCAAAAGCAAGAAAGGUAAAGGCACUGGAAAGCAAACCCAAAGGAAGAAGAACAUCACCAAGGGAGGUAAAAGUGAUAUUAAUCAAAUUUUGAUUGAUUCUGAUGAGGAGGCAGAGGAGGUUAAAAAUGAUAAUGGGCAGGGUAAGGAGGGGGAUGAUAUCCUGGUUGUGGGAAGCAAUGAGGAUUUGAAUACUCAAGACAUAGGCAGCCUGAAGAAGGAUAUGAAUGUUGUCAAAAGAGCCACGAUAGGCGACAAACCUCUGCUUGAAAAUGUCAAAGAAUUGGCGGUGACAAUUAAUAAUGCUGAAGCCAUUGAAAACAUGGAUGGAACUCACAGUAAAGAAGAUAGCUAA